AAACUUCGUUAAUUACAGUCAAUUCAGUCAUAUUCGAUUUAUCUUGCAUGAUGGCACGAGUUAACCUGUAAGUAAUUGAAAAGUUGUUUCGCUGUAAACAUUUUUAAAAGAAAGUAUAUAAUUUUGUUAUAUCAAUGGAAACGGUGCCGAAAGAUUUACGUGGUCUAAGAGCAUGUUUAGUAUGCUCGUUGAUCAAGACUUUCGAUCAGUUUGAAUUUGAUGGUUGUGACAAUUGUGAUGAAUUUUUACGUAUGAAAAAUAACAAAGACAAUGUUUUUGAUUGUACGAGUUCUAAUUUCGAUGGCAUGAUUGCAGCAAUGAGUCCAGAAGAUAGUUGGGUGUGCAAAUGGCAAAGAAUUAAUCGCUUUUGUAAAGGAGUUUAUGCAAUAUCGGUAUCAGGUCGCCUUCCAGCAGGCGUUAUAAGGGAAAUGAAAAGUAGAGGUAUAGUUUAUAGACCACGAGAUACAAGUCAGAGAUGAAUAUAUAUUCUAAUAAUAAAUAUUUAUUAUAUCUAAAAUUUUUCUACCAACUUCUAUGACUAUUUAACAUGAUAAUAUAAAUGUAUAUAUAUUUUAUAAAUGCGAUAGUGGUUAAAGAAUACUUAUGUACAAUACAGAAUAUUAGAGUAGAUAGAGUAUAUGUCUAACUCGAUCUAUUUUAAAUAUUUCUGUUAUUUAGCUAAUAAUAAAGUUAGAUGUAUCAUACAAAAGAUGUAUGGUGGCAUCAUUUUUAUUUUUUCAUUGGAAUACUAUAUGUUUUUCUGAUUAAACUGUACAAUAUAACUCGAAAUAUAACUUUAUUUAAGUUAGUGUCAAAUGUGAUUAUUGGUUGAACAUAUAUUUGUAAAGGAAUAGAAUGUGGGAUAUUGUAUCGCAGGCAAUUGAUUGUUUACACAGUUGAGCCACAAAUUUGCACAGGUUACGUGAUAAUUAUUUUCGUUAUAAAUUACUUUGUCGCUAGUAAUGACAGUUAAACAGAGUGCACAAGAAAUGCACUCUCCUUGAUGCAAAGGCCAAGUUGGUAGUUCUGUUACGAUCUACAAUAAUAUAGAAAACAGUUAAUGAAUAAACGUACAUAUACUUAUAUAAUUAUGUUGUAACAAAUAUAUAAAAGAUAAUAGAAAAUUUGUUCUAUGAAAUGUA